AUGGUUCGCGGCGCAGACUACGACAACGGCAUCCCUCAGAGCGACAAUCCUAUUGAGAACGGCCCCAACAAGGCUCACGGUGUCGGUGCUACCGAUGCCCCCGUCAACCGCGCCUCCAAGACUGCCCCCAUGCCUGCCGAGACUGGCUCUGAUCGCGACGUCUUCCCUGGUCUGAGCCACGCCGGUCCUACCAGCUCUGGCAGUGGAAAGGGCGGCCACGACCCCAAGUCUCUUGGCGAGAACAAGGGCACCGGUGCCCAGGGUGUUUAA